AAAAGGGAGGGAAAAGAAGCCUUGUGGGUGAGGGGUGGCCGAGAAGAUCCGGGGGACAGCCGAGGAGAGGCGCAAGCCAGUCUCUGGCAGGAGGGCGUGGAUACCGGUGCAAGCUCGAACAGGUCCAGCCUUCUGGAGACCUGUGCCAACAGCAGGAGGGGACAGACGGAAUCUCUGUGGGCAGACCAGGGUGUGGAUCCGCGGAGAGCGCCCAACUAGAAACUCCCCUGGAUCCGCCCAGAGGGUCUGGACCUUGCUAGUCCCUCUCGCCCCUGUGAGCCAGCUUAAGGAGAAGUUUCCCCAAGGGAAGGCACCCGACAGAUCGGACGUCAGAGUGGGCUCAGGUUCUGCAAACAGCAGACAAUGACCCUGUCGUGAUACUCCAGGCAGAUCAUAGUGGAACUAAAUUUACGGGUUUCCCACAUUUUCCUCAGUUGGGAUUGGAAACUACUAGGACAUUAAGUUUUUCAGUCUCUGUGUAUUGCCUCCUUUCUGAAGAAUGAUGGGGCUGCUGUUGCAUGGAAGAGGACUGAUCCUGAGUCUAAUUUUCCUCCUGUUUAAGUUGUCAAGAGCUGAAAUACCACUUUCAGUUCAACAGGUUCCAACGAUCAUAAAGCAGUCAUAUGUGCAAGUUGCCUUUCCCUUUGAUGAGUAUUUUCAAAUUGAAUGUGAAGCUAAAGGAAACCCAGAGCCAAAAUUUUCAUGGACCAAGGAUGACAAACAUUUUGAUCUUUCUGACCCCCGGAUAAUUGUAUCUAACAAUUCAGGCACAUUCAAGAUUCCAAAUGAGGGGCACAUCUCUCACUUUCAAGGGAAAUACCGCUGUUUUGCAUCUAAUAGACUAGGAACUGCAAUAUCAGAAGAAAUAGAGUUCAUCGUUCCAGGUGUUCCAAAAUUCCCAAAAGAAAAAAUUGAACCCUUGGAUGUGGAGGAAGGGGAUUCCAUUGUCCUGCCCUGCAACCCUCCCAAAGGCCUCCCGCCUUUGCAUAUCUAUUGGAUGAAUAUUGAAUUAGAACACAUUAAACAAGAUGAAAGAGUUUACAUGAGCCAAAAGGGAGAUCUGUACUUUGCAAAUGUGGAAGAAAAAGACAGUCGAAAUGAUUACUGUUGCUUUGCUGCAUUUCCAAAAUUAAGGACGAUUGUACAAAAAAUGCCAAUGAAACUAACUGUGAACAGUUUAAAGCAUGCUAAUGAUUCAAGUUCAUCCACAGAAAUUAAUUCCAAGGCAAAUUCAAUCAAACAAAGGAAACCCAAACUUCUGUUGCCUCCUGCUGAGAGUGGUAGUGCAUCCACAAUGACUGUCCUCAAAGGGGAAACCCUGUUGCUUGAAUGUUUUGCGGAAGGCCUACCAACUCCACAGAUUGAGUGGAGCAAACUGGGUAGUGAAUUACCAAAGGGAAGAGAAACAAAAGAAAAUCAUGGAAAGACGUUGAAGAUAGAAAAUAUCUCCUACCAUGACAAAGGAAAUUAUCGCUGUACAGCUAACAAUUUGUUGGGAAAAGCCAGUCAUGAUUUUCAUAUCAUAGUACAAGAGCCUCCACGCUGGAAAAAGAAACCUCAGAGUGCAGUGUACAGCACGGGGAGCAACGGCAUCUUGUUGUGUGAAGCGGAAGGAGAACCUCAACCCACAAUCAAAUGGAAAGUCAAUGGCUUCCCAAUUGAAAAUCAUCCAUUUCCUGGUGACGUUAUGUUCCCCAGGGAAAUCAGUUUUACAAAUCUACAACCAAACCAUACUGCUGUGUAUCAAUGUGAAGCCUCAAAUAUCCAUGGGACCAUCCUUGCCAGUGCCAAUAUUGACGUUGUAGAUGUUGUCCCACUGAUACAAACAAAGAAUGAAGAAAAUUAUGCGACGGUAGUUGGAUAUAGUGCCUUCCUGCAUUGCGAGUACUUUGCUUCACCCAAGGCCACAGUAAUCUGGGAAGUGGCUGAUGAAGCACAUCCCCUUGAAGGUCAUCGGUACCAUACCCAUGAAAAUGGCACACUGGAGAUCUACAGAACUACUGAGGAAGAUGCGGGAUCAUACUCUUGUUGGGUAGACAAUGCAAUGGGAAAAGCCGUCAUCACAGCCAACUUGGAUAUUAGAAAUGCUACAAAGCUCAGAGUUUCUCCAAAGAACCCUCGAAUCCCCAAAUCACACGUGCUUGAACUACACUGUGAAAGCCAGUGUGACUCACAUUUGAAACACAGUUUGAAGUUGUCCUGGAGUAAAGAUGGGGAGGUUUUCGAAAUGAAUGGCACAGAAGAUGGCAGAAUAGUGAUUGAUGGAGCUAAUCUGACCAUAUCUAACAUCUCGGUAGAAGAUCAGGGUAUUUAUUCCUGUUCUGCUCAAACUGCUCUUGAUAGCAUUUCUGAGAAAACUCAAGUAACCGUCCUCGGUGUUCCAGAUCCUCCAGGAAACCUUCUUUUGUCAGAAAGACAAAACAGGAGUGUCCGGCUGUCCUGGGAAGCUGGAGAUGACCACAACAGCAAUAUCAGCGAGUACAUUAUAGAAUUUGAAGGGAACAGAGAGGAACCUGGGAAGUGGCAGGAGCUAACUAGAGUCCAAGGAGAAGAAACAGAGGCUGUGUUAUCUUUGGCUCCAUAUGUGAGAUAUCAGUUCAGGGUCAUAGCUGUGAAUGAAGUGGGGAGAAGUCAUGCCAGCCAUCCAUCGGACCAUCAUGAAACUCCACCAGCAGCUCCGGACAAGAAUCCACAGAACAUCAGGGUUCAAGCAUCCCAACCUAAGGAGAUGAUUAUAAAAUGGGAGCCUUUGAAAUCCAUGGAGCAGAAUGGUCCAGGACUAGAGUAUAGAGUGAGCUGGAAGCCCCAGGGAGCGCCUGAGGAAUGGGAAGAAGAAACAGUUACAAACCACACACUGCGGGUGAUGACACCUACUGUCUAUGCUCCUUAUGAUGUCCAAGUCCAAGCCAUCAAUCAACUCGGCUCUGGGCCUGAGCCUCAGCCAGUGACACUCUAUUCAGGGGAAGACUAUCCUAGUACAGCUCCUGUGAUCCAUAGUGUGGAUGUUAUGAACAGCACAUUAGUUAAAGUUACCUGGUCAUCAAUUCCAAAAGAAACAGUACAUGGGCUUCUAAAAGGAUACCAGAUAAAUUGGUGGAAAACCAAAAGUCUAUUGGAUGGAAGGACACAUCCCAAAGAAGUGAACAUCUUAAGAUUUUCAGGACAGCGAAAUUCUGGAAUGGUUCCUUCUCUAGAUGCCUUUAGUGAAUACCACUUAACAGUCUUAGCCUAUAAUUCCAAAGGAGCUGGUCCAGAGAGUGAGCCUUAUAUAUUUCAGACACCAGAAGGAGUACCUGAACAGCCAAGUUUUCUCAAGGUCAUCAAAGUUGAUAAAGACACUGCCACUUUAUCCUGGGGACUUCCUAAGAAACUAAAUGGAAAUUUAACUGGUUAUCUUUUACAGUACCAGAUAAUAAACGACACCUAUGAGAUUGGAGAAUUAAAUGAAGUCAACGUUACUACUCCAUCUAAAUCUAGCUGGCAUCUCUUAAACCUCAACGCAACAACCAAGUACAAGUUCUACUUGAAGGCAUGCACCUCAAAGGGCUGUGGAAAGCCAAUAAGUGAGGAAAGUGUCACGCUGGGAGAAGGGAGUAAAGGUAUCAGGAAGAUAACAGAAGGAGUAAAUCUUACCCAAAAGAUUCACCCUGUAGAGGUACUUGUGCCGGGAGCGGAACAUAUUGUUCACCUCAUGACUAAGAACUGGGGUGAUAACGAUAGCAUUUUUCAAGAUGUAAUUGAGACAAGAGGGAGAGAAUAUGCUGGCUUAUAUGACGACAUCUCCACUCAAGGCUGGUUUAUUGGACUGAUGUGUGCAAUCGCUCUGCUCACACUGAUAUUGUUAACUAUUUGCUUUGUGAAGAGGAACAAAGGUGGAAAGUAUUCAGUAAAAGAAAAGGAAGAUUUACACCCAGAUCCAGAAGUUCAAUCAGCAAAAGAUGAAACUUUUGGUGAAUACAGUGACAGUGAUGAAAAGCCUCUCAAAGGAAGCCUUCGGUCCUUGAAUAGGAACAUGCAGCCCACAGAGAGUGCUGACAGCUUAGUGGAAUAUGGAGAGGGAGACCACUCCAUAUUCAACGAAGAUGGAUCUUUUAUUGGCGCCUACACCGGAGCUAAGGAGAAGGGGUCUGUUGAAAGCAAUGGAAGUUCGACGGCCACAUUCCCACUCCGAGCAUAAGCACAGCACAUUCAUGCACCAUGGCUGGCUAGCCUAGACCUCCCCUGUCUCUUCUGGGGAGCAAAGCCUUUUACAAAGGAGUAGAAACACGUGUCCAGAGGUUGACAUUUUGACAUUCUGCAAAUUUGCUGAGAAAAAUAGCACUGCCUUCAAAAAGAAAAAAAAAAUCAAAAUCAGAUGUCAAACACUUCAAGCCUGUGUUUUAUUUUUGGUUUUGUUGUUGGGUGCUCAAAAUGCAGAACACAAAACAAAUUCUGUACUUAGCUCCACUUUGACUGAAUCCAAAGUUCCUGUUUCACGUACUCCACAUCUGCCUGGUUCUCCUGUUGAAUGUGUGUGCAUUAACGUUGCUAACUGUGUGGGUUUCUCUCUGGAUGCACAAUUGUACUUAGCUUGCAAGAACUAUUUUAGUGACUUUGAUUCACUACAAGUUAAAAGAUUGUAAGCAAGAAAGCUGGUUAUUUAAAAUGUAAAAAGAAAUAUGAAUGUCUUAUUAAACACUUCAUGGAAUCUAUACAGUCUAAAGUUAUUAUUUAAAAUUUUAGUAGGAAAAGUUGUAGAUGAUCAUGCAACACGUAUUUAUUGAGCUCCUAACUAUUUGCCCAGAGGCUGCCAUCUUUAUGCAGAGUUACAAUUUUUUUCAGUUUUUGGAUGAUUGUCUUUAAUUUCUGUCAGUAUGAUAACUCUGCAUCUAUCUAUCUUUCUUUCUUUGUUUCUUUGCUUCUUUCUUUGUUUCUUUCUUUCUUUCUUUCUUUCUUUCUUUCUUUUUCCUUCCUUCCUUCCCUCCUUCUUUCUCUCAUUUUUCAACUCGGACUAACUGGAACUGCAAAAAGAGUGGUGGUCAGGGGUUAUUUGAAAAACAGAAAGAAGAUGUUGAUGAUUGUAUUUUGUAUCUUCAUUUGUAUGUUCACAGCUUUUAGCCUUUAUGUUUAUAUACUGGUACCCUUCGAUAUAUUUCAUGGAUGCAUUGUACAUAUUAUAUUAAUAUUUACACAGUUUAAAACAUAGUGUUUUAUUUUGAAGUGGGAAAGAGAACAUUAAUAAGCAUGAGUGUACAGCUAGAAUGUAUAUAUAGUAGGAUGCUGUUUUUAUCCUCCUGGGGCUAGUCACAAUAACAUGGGGUUCCUGAUUCCAGAUUACAUGAAGAAUUGGAUUCUGUUCUUAUAUUUCUCUCCUUCACGUGUUCUCAAAGUGAAAUAUCAUAUAAUCAUGAAGGGAAAUGCAUUCAUAUGUUCCAAAAUAAGUUUUGGAGUGGAUUCCUGCCCCAGUCCCCCACAAAGAAAAUUAUUUACAGUAGAAAUUCUUAUAUACCUGUUAGUUUAUAUAAUAUUGUAAAUGUGUUUGUGGUGAUAUCAUCAUUUUUUAAUGUUUUUGUUCUGUCAAAGUUAGUACAGAGUCAGGGAACUUAGUUUCUGGCAUGUGGGCUACCAGUCCGUCUAAAAUGGUACUGAAGUUUAGAAUGUUUUAGAAAUGCCUUGAAGGACUCUGCAUACAUAUAAAUAAAUAAUUGGUGUUUCUUCUCUCAUUUAAUGGAAACUUUUAACCUCACCAUGAAAUUAUUAACUAUGUUAAGUGAUAUCGGCUCACAGAUUUAACUUUACUUUGUGUAAUUUCUGGCAUAUACUAUUCAGUCUCCAUGUUUAAAUGAUAUGAUGCAUUCUGUUGCUUGGGGGUUAAAAUCUUGGAUAUGUAAAAAUGACAAAUGCAGUAAUGUACAUGAAACAUACUGUUUAACUUCAUGUUUCUUCCAGAAUGCAUAGGCAGGAAAAGCUCGGUUUUUUUUUUUGUUUUGUUUUGUUUUUUUUUUGUUUUUGUUUUUUUUUUUCAAAACCAUGGAUCUCAAUAUUUGGCUACUCUCCUGGAAAUAGCAAAAGAAAUGGGGCAGACAUUUUUGUGCUCUAGCCUCUAUGAGUGUAAGGAUCCACACAUCCAGCUGUCCAAACUGACACCCCACCACCACCACCACCACAUCUGAUAACUAAUGCACAGAUUGCUGGGGGAGCCAUCAACAUGUGCUAUUUUUGUGGGAGGAACUGUGGUACUGAGCUUCAUAGAAAAUAAAGGAUGUGACUGACAGUUAAUUAUGCUAUUAUUCUGACUCCUCCUCCUUGCCAUCAGUCAAAAUGUAGUUUGGAAAGGGCCACAUGGGUUAAAAAUAAUAUCCAAAAACUUAGAAUUGAUUCAUUAAGAAUUUAAUAAUUUUUAAGUCAGAAGUUGACACAAAUACUUACAUUUUUGUUCCAAAUAGACUCAAUCAUUCUUUUGUUAGCUGUUGAAAAAUGAGAUUCUGUUAUAACUCCUUUUGCUAGCCUCUGUGAACUUCUAAAUACUAUUUGGCUUCAUUUCAUUGUAAAUCUUCAGUAGAGCAGGACAAGGUCUAUGGAUUCCUUUGAUUUUAAUUGUAGAACUGCAUUAUUCAACGUGUUCAAAGAAAAACAAAUCCAGUAGGUUAAAGUGGAUUUAAUUCUUUUUCUCUUAGACAAUGAGUGGGAGACUCUGUGAUGUGCAAUGAUAAUUGCAAAAGGGCAAUAAUUAUUUGGAAAAUGCCCUCUGAGUCGCAAGGCAGCUGCUAAUAUGUACAACUUUGCUCUUAAUUGGUUUUGCAGUAACUUUCUGUAGUCUACUGGCAAUAUGAUUUUAAUGUAAGUGAUUGUAUAUAAUCUCAAGGAUUGUCGAUGGGGAUAGUUUCAGAGAGAGCUGUUUGAGGGUCAGGAAAAUCCGUGUUCUCUUCCAGGUUCCAGUGCUGAUUUUACACAGAAACGUUAGGCACGUUGUUGAACUGCUUCACUUCAAACUGUGCUACAAAGUGCUAAUGUUCGUUAUCACAGGGUGUUCUUUUGUACAAAGAAACUUUACAAGUGAUACAAUCUAAGAUGCCUUUUAACUUCAUAACCCAACAUGGAAUCAAAUUAUGUAUCAAAAAGUCACCCCCACAUACACCAACUCAACUUUUCCCCCCUCUAAGCACAUAAAUAUAUUUUUAUAGAAAACAGAUCUACAGAAAAUAAACUAAAUCUACUGUUAAGUGAGGAGGACGAUUUGCACAUGCCAUUGAAAAUUAUUAAUCGGAAGAAAAUUAAGCAGGGUCUUUGCUAUACAAAAGCAUUUUCCACUAAUUCUGCAUGCAUAUUUAUAAGAUGUAAAAUCAGUAGAUUUAUUCUCUUGGUAUAAAGGCAUCUGAUAUUUUAGAUGUACCCAUGUUUAUAAAAAAAAACUGUAGAGCACAAUGGACUUAACGCUAUUUUAUACUCAUGGAAGAGAUAGAGGACAAUAAGGAGAGGUGUCGGCUGCUUUUCUAAGUGUUUAAAACAUAUUUGCCAAUUGAAACCCUAAAUAUGUUUACAUGCCAUGAAGGCGUAAUUCUUGUAACAACUUUAAAUUGGUUGUGAUAGGACUGGUUUGUGGUCUGUGGUAGUAGAUGUAUCCUAGUAUUCCUAUAGUGAGAUAAGUAGGGCUGAGCCAACGCUACUCUUGUUUGGUGUCUUCAACUGACUCCAUCAUCAAGAGACAAAAAGGUACAGAGAGCAGGCUCACCCAGUUAGCUUUUCCGUUCUUACUUAGAUUAAUGUUCACAGUAGAUCUUUAUUCAAAUGUGUUUGUGUUGUAGAUGGUGUUUGUAUUAUGCUUAUGGAUAUGUAUGGUUCAAAACUAUUUUCAUUACACAUGGAAUUCAGCUUUCAAAUAAAAGUUUGACUUCAUGUAUCCUAAA